UUUUCUUUUUCUUUUCCUUGUUAGCCAGCGUCAGUACAUAGCCAACAAAACGACCGUCACACUUUCUUUCCCUCUUCUAUUCCGUCCUCUUUUCUUUUCUUCUCUUUCUACAGGAGUUAAAAUAACUCCUAGUCCACCUCCAAAAUCAUGGAUGAGACGAGUCCGCUCGUCUCUCCCCUUCGGGACUCGGGUGAUUUCAGCUACUGUCCCACAGAGCCCACCAGCCCCCGGGGCGCGUUUGGAAACACACCGGGCUCUGUGGUUCGUAUCCCGGCAGGCAGCCCGGGGCGCAGCCGGGAGAGACAACCGCUCCUGGACCGGGACCGUGGGAGCUCGCCGCGGGAGCCGCACAGGAACGAGUUCCCGGAGGAUCCCGAGUUCAGAGAGAUCAUCCGAAAGGCCGAGCGAGCCAUAGAGGAGGGGAUCUACCCAGAGAGGAUCUACCAGGGAUCCAGUGGAAGCUAUUUUGUCAAAGACUCACAGGGGAAAAUCAUCGGCGUGUUCAAACCUAAGAAUGAAGAACCCUAUGGCCAGCUGAACCCCAAAUGGACCAAGUGGCUCCAGAAGCUGUGUUGCCCCUGCUGUUUUGGCCGUGACUGUUUGGUCCUGAACCAGGGUUACCUCUCAGAGGCCGGCGCAAGCCUGGUCGACCAGAAACUUGAGCUCAACAUCGUUCCCACGACCAAGGUGGUGUACCUGGCUAGUGAAACAUUCAACUACAGUGCCAUAGACAGGGUGAAGUCUCGUGGAAAGAGGCUUGCCCUGGAGAAAGUACCUAAAGUGGGCCAGCGCUUCCACAGGAUUGGACUGCCACCCAAGGUGAUGAAUUGUUGUAUUACACAGGUUGGCUCCUUUCAGCUCUUCGUUGAUGGAUACAAGGAUGCAGAUUUCUGGCUGCGGAGAUUUGAAGCGGAGCCUCUGCCUGAAAACACCAACCGUCAGCUCCAGCUGCAGUUUGAGCGGCUGGUAGUCCUCGAUUACAUCAUCAGGAACACAGACAGGGGAAAUGACAACUGGUUGCUGAAGUAUGACUGUCCCAUGGACACUGUUGGGAAUAAGGACACAGACUGGGUGGUAGUAAAGGAUCCCAUCAUCAAGCUGGCAGCUAUAGACAACGGCCUCGCCUUCCCCCUCAAACACCCCGACUCCUGGAGAGCCUACCCAUUCUACUGGGCGUGGCUUUCCCAGGCCAAAGUUCCUUUCUCCCAGGAAAUCAGAGAGCUGGUCCUGCCAAAACUCUCCGAUCCAAAUUUUAUCAAAGACCUGGAAGAGGAUUUGUAUGAAUUAUUCAAGAAAGACCCUGGUUUCGACAGAGGACAGUUUCACAAACAAGUAGCCGUAAUGAGGGGGCAGAUCCUGAACCUGUGCCAAGCCAUGAAGGACGGUAAAACACCCCUGCAGUUGGUCCAGAUGCCCCCAGUAAUUGUUGAGACAGCCAGAGCACCUCAGAGAGCCAACAGUGAGUCCUACACACAGAGUUUCCAGAGCAGAAGACCCUUCUUCACUUGGUGGUAGGAGUGAUGCCAUGAGGAGGGACAGCAGGAAAGCCCGGAAACAAGCGAGGAUUGUAGAUGUGCAGAUGGAAGAUGGGGCAGAAUCUGAGAGCGCAGGUUUUUUUGUCCUGAAAAUGGAGAUAAUCAUCAUCCUCCCCUCUUCUCCUUAUUGAUGUUUUGGUUAUGGAUAGUGAGAAAGGCCAAAAGGGGAAGUAUUUCACUACAUAUCUUUCCUGUUUGCCUCUGUGCCUUGCGUAGACGUCACUGGAGUAAGAACGCCUAAAUGACGAAAAUUCUGUACCUGCGUGAGAGAGAGAGAUUUUCAGUGCGGUGUCAGACUUUUCUUUCGGACCUCCGGAUGCAUGUAAUGUUUGCCCACACACAUGCACACCAGUUAAAAGCCUCUCAUGCUUUGUUUUUGGAUGGGAGGUGUUGCAUUCCAUGUUUUUUUCUUUUUCAUACCCCUCUGCCUUUUUAAUAUUCACUUGCAUAUUCCCUCCCACACCGUAAGAAAAGCCCCGGCCUGGUUAAAGCAGUGGUGCCACUCGUGAAAACCAGCAUUUUAUUUUUUAAACAAAUGAGAGAAGUGUUUGGUGUGGUUAAGUCUCAAAGAUUUAGGAACUGGGCUCCCAUUGGUGUUUACACUGCGAACACAAGCCAUGUGAACUGGUUUCACAGUUACUCAUUGCGCCUCCUUGCUGCUUAGAUUAGGAUCUGAAAGUCAUCUGGGGGUGAUGUUGGUAAGCUGAGGCACUUUUGGUGAAAAACACAAACUGUCUGUUGUGCUGAGAUAAGUAUGUGUGGCUCCCCUAGUCUUUUCUUCUUCCACUGAUAAGUUAAUGAUUGGUGAAGAAGAUAAAUUGUAAGUAAACAACAAAGUAACAUCCUUCUGUACUGAACUGACCUGAAUUGUAUUGUGACAAUGCACUGUAUAAUUUGUAUGUAAUAUUUAAUGAUAGAUUAUAAUUAAAACAUACUUCAUUAAGACAAA